AUGGCUGCUGUUCGACACGACACCGAGGUGGUGCAGGUGCAGUCCGGCCCGGAGGACAGGGAGGAGACCAUGAGCGCCAAAAUGGGCGUGUUUCUACGGAAAAACCUCAACAAGGGAGAAGUCGCCCUGAAGCAUGCCAUCGGCCUCGGCGCCCAGCCCAACGUCGUGCCUGAGACGGGGUCGGUUCUUGAUGGACCUCCUCGCCCGGUCCUAGUGGGAUGGCAUCCCGUCGGUGGUCUCGCCGGCAAAUGGUUCUCUGAGCGAACCGGCCUCGGCAAGUUGAUUACCGACAAGAUCAACAAGUAUCCCGACCCGACGCAACACUGGGCUGUCCUGGUUGGCGACUACGCCCAUCAGUUAUGGAUGGAUGAAAACUUUGACAUCAUCUACACCAACCAAAGGGUUCAGCAUGAAGAGUGGCGCACAUUCCACGUCGGCGUGACGCGCUUCAACGAUGAUGCUACCAGAAGAGCGGGCGAGUCCGUCAUCCAAGCCAUUCGAGAGAAGCAGCCGGGAUACAACCUCAUCACCAACAACUGCCAAACCUACGCCCUGCAGCUUCUCGACGCCAUCAAAGUCGGUGCGAGAAAGGAGUUCGCCACGACACUGGCCGUAUACGAAAGACUAGUUGGCCCGGGAAGGAUCAAGGAUCUCUUUGUUGAAAGCCAGCCGCCAGAGGGCCAGCCCGGAUCCCAGGGUUCUUUCCAAGAAGGCACCGUUUCUCUUGCGUCGCAAGUCAUGCACGACAACACGACGCAGUUGGACACGGGGGUGGCCAACGGGGAUAACGAAAGUGAGACACAGGCCGACGACGCUGAUGGAGCUGCAAAUGGGGAUAGGGGGAUGGGUGAGGGUGAUGAUGGCAAGCCAAGCAAAACUCGCAAGUUUUUCAAUCGAUUACUGAAGCGAUAA